AUGGAGACGUCCAUGAGUGUGUUCGUCAACAGCACGUCUGGCCCCAUGGACAAUGACUCCCUCAGGGAGGAGCCGUACCUGAAGCAGCUGGCACACUUGGAUGAGGGCCUCUACAAUGACUAUUACAGCCUGUGGAUUGCCUUGCUGGUCAUCAACUUGCUCAUCUUCAGUAUGGGCGUGCUCCUCAACAGUCUGGCGCUCUAUGUCUUCUGUUUCCGCACGGUCGCCAAAACCACACCCGUCAUCUACACCAUCAACCUGGCGGUCACAGACCUGCUGGUGGGCCUGUCCCUGCCUGCCCGCAUCGUGCUCUACUACAGCGGGGGCAAGUGCCCGGCCUGCUCGUACGUCCACAUCUUCAGCUACUUCGUCAACAUGUACUGCAGCAUCCUCUUCCUCACCUGCAUCUGCGUGGAUCGCUACCUGGCCAUCGUUCAGGCGGAAGCCUCGCGCAAGUGGAGAAGCCCCGCCGUUGCCAAGGGCGCCAGCGUCUGCGUCUGGCUCUUCGCCAUCGUGGUGACCUACUCCUCCCUGACCGGGGCCUUCUCGCAAACCUCCUGCUGCCUGUCCAAGCUCUUCACCCUCACGGUCUUCGAGUUCCUGCUGCCGCUGGUGGUGAUCGCCGCCUUCACCAUGCGGGUGGCCUGCGCCCUGGCCAGCCCCCGGCUGAUGCGCCGCAGCCGCGAGCACAGGAUGAGGGCCAUCCAGCUGCUGGUCACCGUGCUGGUCAUCUUCACCGUCUGCUUCACGCCCUUCCACGUCCGGCAGGUGCUGGUCCACUUCUGGCCGGACCUGCCUCACCACGUGGCCGUCUACCACGCCACCGUCACCCUCAGCAGCCUCAACAGCUGCCUGGACCCCGUGGUCUACUGCUUCGUCACCAACAACUUCCGGGCGGCGGUGAGGGGCGUGUGCCGACGGCCGGAGCCCGAGCCGGGCAGUGGAGAGGCGGCCAGCGUGCAGAAGAGCUCCAAGGGCUCAGGGACCGUCAUGGCGGCAAACCCUAGCGUGAAGACGGCUAACAUGAACACCUCACCCCACAGUGCCCUGAGAGAACUACAGAAGGGGGCGGGAGAAAAAAAGGGAGACUGUGUGGAGGGGCAGGGGGAAGAGAAGGGGAACAGCCAAUCGGCAAGCAAAACAAAAGACAUAACAGGAAAUACAUGAGAGGAGGAACGACCUUAAGAAGGCCAUCACAUUUGACUGAAUUGUGCUGGUAUUUUGAUUGAGUGUUAGGUCGGUACUCAGCCCUGGAGAAUAUGAAUGGGUGGUUUCAGUGAAGGAUGACAUAUGAUUACUUUUCUAUAAUGUAUACUGCAAUUUGGUGUUUUUUAUAUGUGUAUAAAAUAUGCUUAUAUAUGCAUUUAGAAUGCUGUUAUUUGUAAUAUUUCAUGUGUUUGCUUUUAAAACCCAUCACAAGUCAGUCGUGACAAAAGCCAGCCUUUAAAAAAAACACUUUCAAGAAGUUUUAUCAGAUUAAACAAAGAAAUUGUUUAAAUCCUGUCAAAAAUGUUAUUUUUGGAUUGUUUGCUUUGUGUUUAAAUUCUCCUAGAGCUGUGCAGACUGGGAAAUUAGGAAUAACUUACGGUUGUUCAUCCUUUACUGAAUUUAAAAAAUAAAAAAAACAACAUCCACCAUAUUACCCUCUCCGGUGUGGUGUCACCAGUUGAGCCUCUUAAGUGCAAGGGUCACUGAAACUUAGUGUGGGUACGCAGUAAAAUGUCCAGUGUCAAUUCCAUUCUAACAGUGUUAAUUCAAUGCUUAACAGAUAACAUUUGGUCCCACUUGACCUCCAAUGCAUUCACCCAUGGGUCAGAGACUGUUUAAUAUUCUACAGGCUGCUCUUUAUUACAGAGAAGCUAGAGCAGACUGUGGGAGGUAUCUCUAUCACAGAUAACAAUAUCAUGUUUUGUUUUGCUUUGUUUCAUUCACUUGCAAGAGCUUUUGUGAGGGAUUUGAAAGUGAAUGUGUAGAAUAGUUAGUUCGUUUGAAAGACCAAGAACAUGUCCAGAACUGUCUGGAGCUUGAUGUUGGUUUCUAUGUAUGGCUUUCUAUAGAUAUUAAGCUUUCCACCUAGAAACUGUGAAUUUCAAGGAUUUUCCUGUACUCAUCUGAAUGUGUCAGAAUGCACUGCAUUUCUAUAGUAUAACAUUCUAAAAGAACAUCAUAACGAAAGGAGAGGGGUGAUUCACUUCAACCACCCACAAUCUGUAAGAUCCACUCGGGUGAUGCACAGCAGCCAUUUUAACUGGAUUGCAGAUUAUGGGAACAAAGUGGUCAUUGCGCAUUUCUUUCCAUGUUAAAUUGAAGAGAGUAGUGGCACAACUUCAAAGGGUUUGCAUUUACAUUUUCAAUUGUGUUGGCUUGGAAUAUUGCUAUUCCUUCUCAGUAUAGUGUACAUGGAUGACUUCUUUGCCGAUAACUUGUUGACUGCAGAAUACUUAAGUGUUUUUAUAUAAUUACUGAUGUACAGUGCUUCACCCUAAAUGUCAAAUAAAAAAAACACAACACUGGAUUACUUUGAUUUCACCAUGGAGAACAUUUUAUAGACAGCAUAUGUGCAAUAUUAAAGUUUUAAAUGCACACAGACAGAUAUGGGCACAUAGUACUUUUUUCCAACAUACUAUCUAAUGGAAAAUCUUCUUGAGCUAAUGUGUUUACCUUAUGCUUAAACAGAUCAAACAGGCAGAUUUUAAGCCCAGCCCUUAACCUCACAAGACCUGGGGACUCUGGGAAAUUAUAAAAAUGUUCUUGGAUUUAAACUUUAACAUAAUAUCAAGUUAUUUCUCAAGUUGUGCUUAUAUUUAAUUUACAAAAAUAACUAAGAUUGAAAAAAGUUACAUUGAUUUAAAGCAGCAUAUCUGUGUCUCAUGCACCAUGACAUUUAAAUUAAAAAAAUUAACAUUUGAACGUUAAUAAUGCGAGAGCUGCCAUGAUUGUAUUAUUGUUUUCUCGUGUACUAUUUAUAAAACAUUUUAUCGCGUUUUAAAUAAAACACACCUGGGAUUGAUCGUGA